AUGCAUAUCCUCGUGUCCAACGACGACGGGCCGCCCUCGCCUCACUCCUCUCCCUAUGUCCACUCCUUUGUACGACACCUGCAGCGAGCAGGACACACCGUCUCCGUCUGCGUGCCUCACACCCAGCGCUCAUGGAUUGGCAAGGCCCAUCUGAUCGGCCAGACGCUGAAGCCCGUCUAUUACCGACCCUCGGCCAACAGCCAUGGCGAAGACUCUGAAGGGACAACACAUACGAGGCCGUCUCCCUCGGGCGAUGUGGAAGAAUGGGUCCUUAUUGACGGCACGCCGGCUUCUUGCGUCCAGAUUGGACUGAAUCAUUUCUUCCAAGACAAGGGGCCCAUUGAUUUGGUUGUGAGCGGACCCAACUUUGGGAGGAACAGCACGGCUAUAUUCGCCCUGAGCUCUGGGACUCUGGGAGCAGCAUUGGAGGCCGCUGCUUCUAAAUAUAAGGCCAUUGCCCUCAGUUUUGCCUUUUUCUCACGAAAUCACGACCCAGUCAUCAUCGACGCCGCAUGCCGGCACAGCGUCAAGGUCAUCGAGUACUUGUACAAGCAGUGGCCAGCGGAUGGCAGCGCGGAUCUGUACAGCGUCAACGUUCCUCUCGUUGAAGGCGUGGAGACGCAUUCGACUGUUUGGACGGACAUUCUGCAGAACUACUGGACCAAAGGGGGCUGCUUUGAUGCUGUCGAUGGCUCGGCUGAUGAUGAAGAUCUCGAGGAAGAGAGAAUACGGGAGGGGCCCGGUGGUGAGGUCGAUGACGAGAGCAAGGCGGCUACGGCGCCAAAGGGGCAUACACACAAACAUUUCAAGUGGGCACCCAAAUUUGCAGACGUAUAUAAGUCUGUAGAAGACGCUGGACCUGGAUCAGAUGGAUGGGCUGUUAAAGAAGGGCAGACGAGUGUCACCCCUCUCAAGGCAAACUUUGCCACAUCAACUACUUCCACAUCAGAAGUGGUCAUACGAGAGAAACCCAAAGAGGAGGCGAAGAGCAAGAUCCAGGCCAUCGUAUCAUACGACGACCCCUAUGUGCAGCCGCUUAUUGUAUCUGCACUCAACACCGUGCUGCCCAAGGAUUCAUUUAACCUCAUCACCGCCAUAUCAGCAGAGGGCUUCAACCUAUCGAGCACGCUACCUUCAUCAGACAGCAGUGUCCUGCAGAUCAUCCCCUAUGAAGCCAUUGACUUCGAGUUCGCCUCGUCACACACCAAGACAUCCCUGAUCAACAGCUACAUGAUUAGAAAAGCGCUCAUCAGGAAACAUUACCUAUCUGCAACCCUCGAUCACUGGGCAGCCAAGAAUCCCGAUUCGAUUCUCAAGAAGCAUCUGAGACGCAGCGAGGCCUUUGAAGUAGACUAUGCCGAGUUUCUUGACGAUGCCCUCGUCGAGGCGUUUGAUCUCCGUGAGAGCAUGGACCGCAACGAAGAAAAGGAGUCAAGUGAACGGGAAUGGUGGAUUCUCAAACCCGGAAUGAGUGAUCGCGGCCAGGGCAUCAGACUUUUCAGUACCAUGGAGGAACUACAAGACAUCUUCGACGGAUGGGAGGAGGACCGGCCGGACAGCGAUGACGAGGAAGACGGUGAAGACCACGAAGCCGGAGCGGUGGAUGGAGAUGCCGACGGCGACUACAUCACGGCCUCUCAUCUUCGUCACUUUGUGGCUCAGCCGUAUAUCCACCCUCCUCUGCUCCUCUCCCCCGGCGGCCACAAGUUCCACAUCCGAACCUACGUGCUCUGCACGGGCAGCCUCGACGUCUACGUGUACAAGCACAUGCUCGCCCUCUUCGCCGGAAAACCCUACACAGCCCCGUGGGAAGCCCCCUCCGACAUCGAGGCCUUCCUAACAAACACUUGCCUGCAAGACUCGCCCAACGAGAACACUGUGCAGCGGUUCUGGAGUCUACCCCUAGAAGGGGCGGUGCUGGAGCGGGUGUUUGGGCAGAUUUGCGAGACGACGGGCGAGGUGUUUGAGGCUGCGGCGAGGGCGAUGCCGAUACACUUCCAGACGCUGCCGAAUGCGUUUGAGGUGUUUGGGCUGGAUUUCUUGCAGACGGGAGGGGAUUUGAGGGAGAUUGUGGAGGGAUUCUGGCGAGGCGUGGUGAGGGUUGCUGUUGGGCCGUUUUUCGGGGUUGAGGGGGUGGUGAAGGGGGAGAAGGAGGAGGGAGAUAUGGUGGCUGUGAGGAAGAUUGACUUGGGGAGGAGGUGA